CCUAGACCUUAGGGUGUCUGGUUCUAUCGCCGCCUGCUACCGCCGCGGCGGGACAGUGAAGGAGAGAGGAGAUCCGGAAGACCCAGGUGAGAGUGGACGAAUCCGAUUCGGUCUUCUUUUGCCUGGCUGAGUUGCAGAGACUACACGGUGUUCCGGACUCCCGUCCAAGAGGAGCCGCUGGCCGGGACCCGGGGCGCGCACUGACCGUCCGCCCGCUGCCAUGGCCGACCACCUGAUGCUCGCCGAGGGCUACUGCUUGCUGCAGGUGUCGCCGCACGCCCACGGCGCCCACGCGCCCCGGACUCUACAGCCAUACUCAAGCCCCGGCCUGGACAGCGGUCUGCGGCCGCGGGGAGCUCCGCUGGGACCGCCGCCGCCACCCGGGACCCUGGCAUACGGCUCCUUUGGAUCGCCGUCCUCCUUCCAGCCCUUCCCAGUCGCGCAGUCGCCAGGCGCCGGUAGCGCGCACCUGCAGCCCGCCUCCACGCCGCCCCCGGGUCGCAUCCCUGCACCCCCGGGAGUCACCGGAGGCCCCUCACCCCUGCAGCCGGCGCCCGGAGGCGCGUCCCCGCUGCCGCCGCCGCCUUCCCUGGGCUGCAUGGACGCAGAGCUCAUAGACGAGGAGGCGCUGAAGUCGCUGGAGCUCGAGCUCGGGCUGCACCGCGUGCGCGAACUGCCCGAGCUCUUCCUGGGCCAGAGCGAGUUCGACUGCUUGUCGGAUCUGGGGUCGGCGCCACCCGCCGGCUCGGUGAGCUGCUGAGAGCGACCGCCGAGACACGCGGGACUCUGCGAGCGGUGACCCGGUCCGCACGCACCCUCCGUGAGGGUAGAGGCGCCGGGUUUACUCGCCCAGACGGCUCCAGCCAGGGCUGCCUGCCUUGCCUCGAGGCCCUGCCUCCUGCCUGGUGACAGUUGGGUCUUGCUUCUCUCCCCCAAAUCUCAGAGGUCAAAAGGAGGGGACUGACCAGUCUUUGGAUUCCACGUCCUUGAAUUCUGUGCCCUUUUUCCCCGACCCCUCUCCCUAAUCUGAGCCAUUUCAGGCUUCUGCCUGACCUUGUGCUGCCCACUAACUGGAUUGGGUCUCUAGAGCCAUCUCCCUGAACCCCCACCUUCCCUGGGCCUUCAGCCUGGGGGAGGGAAGAUUUUACACCUAACCCUUGCUGAGUGGAGCAAUGCUUCUCAGUAGCCUCUAAAAUCAAAAUAAAAGUGGGUUGCUUUACA